AUGGAUAGCCGCAGAACUCCAUUCAAGGGAAUAAGCAAAGAUGUUAAAGGAAGGCUUGCUUGCUAUAAACAAGACUGGAUGGGUGCACUUGGUUCAGGCGUGAGGAUAUUGGCUCCCACAACCUACAUCUUCUUUGCCUCUGCUCUUCCUGUAAUUGCCUUUGGAGAACAAUUAUACAGAGAGACAGAUGGAAGCCUGAGCACAGUAGAAACUUUAGCUUCUACCGCUAUAUGUGGAAUCAUCCACUCAAUUUUUGGUGGCCAGCCCUUGUUGAUAUUAGGAGUUGCAGAACCAACAGUUAUAAUGUACACUUAUUUGUACGAUUUCAGCAAAGGAAGGCAAGAAUUGGGACGGGAGCUGUUUUUAGCUUGGGCCGGUUGGGUUUGUGUAUGGACAGCAAUUUUGCUCUUCCUUCUUGCAAUAUUCAAUGCCUGCAGCAUCAUCACUAGAUUUACCAGAGUUGCAGGGGAACUUUUUGGCAUGUUGAUAGCUGUUCUUUUUAUUCAAGAGGCUAUUAAGGGAGUUAUUGGUGAAUUUAGUAUUCCUGAAGCUGAAGACCCUAAAUUGGAGAAGUAUAACUUCCCGUGGUUGUACACAAAUGGGCUGCUUUCUAUCAUUUUCUCAGUCGGUCUACUAUUAACUGCGCUCAAAAGCAGACAGGCAAGAUCAUGGCGUUACUGGACAGGCUGCCUCCGCGGCUUUACUGCAGACUAUGGGGUUCCCCUCAUGGUGGUGUUGUGGACGGCAUUGUCUUACAGUGUUCCUGGCAAAGUCCCUUCAGGAGUUCCCAGGAGGUUGUUUGGUCCACUUCCCUGGGACUCUACAUCAUUGUCCCAUUGGACAGUAAUCAAGGAUAUGCCCAAGGUUCCUGGAUUAUACAUCUUUGCAGCCUUUAUACCAGCAGUGAUGAUAGCAGGUCUAUACUUUUUUGACCACAGUGUAGCUUCGCAAAUGGCGCAGCAGAAGGAGUUUAAUCUCAGAAACCCCUCUGCUUAUCAUUACGAUAUCCUGUUGCUUGGAAUCAUGACUUUGAUUUGUGGGUUUCUUGGACUCCCUCCUUCAAAUGGGGUACUCCCACAGUCCCCCAUGCACACAAAAAGUCUUGCAGUUCUCAAGAGGCAGCAAAUACGGAAGAAAAUGGUGAAGAGUGCAAAGGAGUGCAUAAAACGAGAAGCAAACAACUUAGAAAUUUAUAGAAGGAUGCAGGCUAUCUUUAUAGAAAUGGAUGCCUCUCCAACUCAAUCAGAGUUGCAGCAAACUUCUUCAGUAGCUAAAGAAUUGGAGAACUUAAAGGAGGCUGUGAUGAAAGGUGAUGAUGGAGCAAAUGAAAAAGGAAAAUUUGAUCCAGAGAAACACAUUGAUGCCUACUUGCCUGUUAGAGUUAAUGAGCAAAGAGUUAGCAACAUGUUACAGUCAUUACUUGUAGGUCUAUCAGUGUUUGCUCUGCCCAUAAUCAAUAUGAUACCUACCUCAGUUCUUUGGGGUUACUUUGCCUACAUGGCCAUCGACAGUCUACCAGGUAAUCAGUUCUGGGAAAGGAUAGUGCUGCUUUUCAUCACCCCUGAUCGAUGUUACAAAGUUCUGGAGGGUGUUCAUGCUUCAUUUGUGGAGUUGGUACCAUUCAAAUAUAUUGCUUACUUUACACUCUUCCAAAUUGUAUAUUUUCUGGUUUGUUUCGGGAUAACAUGGAUACCUAUAGCUGGAAUAUUGUUCCCCCUCCCAUUCUUCCUUCUCAUCAGCAUAAGACAGCACAUCCUUCCAAAGUUUUUCCACCCUAGUCAUCUUCGGGAACUGGAUGCUGCUGAAUAUGAAGAAAUUGCUGGAGCUCCAAAGCUUCACCGCUGUCUCUCACCCAAGGAUAAUGAAACACCUGACAGUGGAAUAAUAGACAAUGAAAAUGAAUUCUAUGAUGCUGAAAUAUUGGAUGAGAUGACAACAAGCAGAGGUGAACUAAAGCAUAGAAGUUAUAAAGAAGAAAGGUUCUUCCAGGUACAUCCAGAAGAUGCUGUCAGGUCAGAACAAAAACCAAAGGGAUGA